AAGCCUAAGGGGCUCGGCGCGGGUGUGUGCAUGUGUGCAUGUGUGUGUGAGUGCAUGAGUGUGAGUGCCACCGCUGCCCAGGACCCCCGGCCCCGAAGGUGUUCGCUGAAAUAUGGAGAAUAGUCUUGGAUGUGUUUGGGUACCCAAGCUGGCUUUUGUACUCUUCGGAGCUUCCUUGCUCAGCGCGCAUCUUCAAGUCACUGGUUUUCAAAUCAAACCUUUCACGUCUCUUCGUUUUGUGUCUGAACCUUCUGAUGCUGUCACAAUGCGGGGUGGGAACGUCCUGCUCAACUGCUCUGCAGAGUCUGACCGAGGAGUUCCGGUCAUCAAGUGGAGAAAAGAUGGCCUCAUCCUAGCCUUGGGCAUGGAUGACAGGAAGCAGCAACUCCCCAAUGGCUCUCUGUUGAUCCAGAACAUACUUCAUUCGAGACACCAUAAGCCAGACGAAGGACUUUACCAGUGUGAGGCAUCCUUGGGAGAUGCUGGCUCAAUUAUUAGCCGUAUAGCAAAAGUUGCUGUAGCAGGACCACUGAGGUUCCUUUCCCAGACAGAAUCUAUCACAGCCUUCGUGGGAGAUACAGUGUUACUCAAGUGUGAAGUCAUUGGGGAACCCAUGCCAACAAUACACUGGCAGAAGAAUCAACAAGACCUCACUCCACUCCCAGGAGACUCCCGUGUGGUGGUCUUGCCCUCGGGAGCAUUGCAGAUCAGCCGACUCCAGGCAGGGGACAUUGGAGUCUACCGAUGCUCAGCUCGGAACCCAGCCAGCAUAAGAACAGGAAAUGAAGCAGAAGUUCGAAUUUUAUCAGAUCCAGGGCUGCAUAGACAGCUAUAUUUUCUGCAAAGACCGUCCAACGUAGUUGCCAUUGAAGGAAAAGAUGCUGUCCUGGAGUGUUGUGUUUCUGGCUACCCUCCGCCAAGUUUCACCUGGUUACGGGGCGAGGAGGUUAUCCAACUGAGGUCUAAAAAGUAUUCAUUGUUGGGUGGAAGCAAUUUGCUCAUCUCUAAUGUGACAGAUGACGACAGUGGAACCUAUACUUGUGUUGUCACAUAUAAGAAUGAGAAUAUUAGUGCCUCUGCAGAGCUCACAGUUUUGGUUCCACCAUGGUUUUUAAAUCACCCUUCCAACCUCUAUGCCUAUGAAAGCAUGGAUAUUGAGUUUGAAUGUGCAGUUUCUGGGAAGCCUGUGCCCACUGUGAAUUGGAUGAAGAAUGGAGAUGUGGUCAUUCCUAGUGAUUAUUUUCAGAUAGUGGGAGGAAGUAACUUAAGGAUCCUUGGGGUGGUGAAGUCAGAUGAAGGCUUUUAUCAGUGUGUGGCUGAAAACGAGGCUGGCAAUGCCCAAAGUAGUGCCCAGCUGAUUGUCCCCAAACCUGCCAUUCCAAGCUCCAAUAUCCUUCCUUCUGCUCCCAGAGAUGUGGUCCCUGUCUUGGUUUCUAGUCGCUUUGUCCGUUUGAGUUGGCGUCCACCUGCAGAAACAAAAGGAAACAUUCAAACCUUCUCAGUCUUCUUCUCCAGAGAGGGUGACAACAGGGAGCGAGCUUUGAACACAACCCAGCCCGGGUCCCUUCAGCUUACUGUGGGGAAUUUGAAACCAGCAGCCAUGUACACCUUCAGAGUUGUUGCCUACAACGAGUGGGGACCGGGGGAGAGUUCUCAACCCAUCAAGGUGGCCACUCAGCCUGAGUUGCAAGUUCCAGGGCCUGUAGAAAACCUGCAUGCUGUAUCUACCUCACCUACCUCAAUUCUUAUUACAUGGGAACCCCCUGCCUAUGCAAAUGGUCCAGUCCAAGGCUAUAGAUUGUUCUGCACGGAGGUGUCCACAGGGAAAGAACAGAAUAUAGAGGUUGAUGGACUAUCUUAUAAACUGGAAGGCCUGAAAAAAUUCACGGAAUAUACUCUCCGGUUCUUAGCUUAUAACCGUUAUGGGCCAGGAGUAUCUACCGAUGAUAUAACAGUGGUUACACUUUCAGAUGUGCCCGGCGCCCCACCGCAGAACAUCUCACUGGAAGUGGUUAAUUCAAGGAGUAUCAAAGUAAGCUGGCUUCCUCCCCCAUCAGGAACACAAAAUGGAUUUAUUACUGGUUAUAAAAUUCGACACAGAAAGACCACCCGCCGGGGUGAGAUGGAAACACUGGAACCAAAUAACCUCUGGUACCUGUUCACAGGAUUGGAGAAAGGGAGUCAGUACAGUUUCCAAGUGGCGGCCAUGACUGUCAAUGGCACUGGACCACCUUCCAACUGGUACACAGCGGAGACCCCAGAGAAUGACCUAGAUGAGUCUCAAGUUCCCGACCAGCCAAGCUCCCUUCAUGUACGACCCCAGACAAAUUGCAUCAUCAUGAGUUGGACUCCUCCUCUCAACCCAAACAUUGUGGUGCGAGGUUAUAUUAUUGGAUAUGGCGUUGGCAGUCCUUAUGCUGAGACAGUGCGUGUGGACAGUAAGCAGCGGUACUAUUCCAUCGAGAGAUUAGAGUCAAGUUCUCAUUAUGUAAUCUCCUUAAAAGCUUUCAACAAUGCAGGAGAAGGUGUACCUCUUUAUGAAAGUGCCACAACACGCUCCAUAACAGAUCCCACUGACCCCGUUGACUAUUAUCCUUUGCUUGAUGAUUUCCCCACCUCGGGCCCAGACGUCUCCACCCCCAUGCUCCCACCAGUAGGUGUACAGGCUGUGGCUCUUACCCAUGAGGCUGUGAGGGUCAGCUGGGCAGACAACUCUGUCCCGAAGAACCAAAAAACAUCCGACGUGCGGCUUUACACUGUCCGGUGGAGGACCAGCUUUUCUACCAGUGCCAAGUACAAGUCAGAAGACACAGCCUCUCUCAGCUACACAGCAACGGGCCUCAAGCCUAACACGAUGUAUGAGUUCUCGGUCAUGGUGACGAAGAACAGAAGGUCUAGCACAUGGAGUAUGACAGCACACGCCACCACCUACGAGGCUGCCCCGACUUCUGCUCCCAAGGAUUUGACAGUCAUAACUCGAGAAGGGAAGCCUCGGGCUGUCAUUGUGAGCUGGCAGCCUCCCUUGGAAGCCAAUGGGAAGAUCACUGCUUACAUCUUGUUUUAUACCUUGGACAAGAAUACACCAAUAGAUGACUGGAUUAUGGAGACUAUAAGCGGUGAUCGGCUGACCCAUCAGAUCAUGGAUCUCAACCUUGACACCAUGUACUACUUUCGAAUUCAAGCACGGAAUGCGAAAGGCGUGGGGCCCCUCUCCGAUCCUAUCCUCUUCAGGACUUUGAAAGUGGAACACCCUGACAAAAUGGCUAAUGACCAAGGUCGUCAUGGAGAUGGAGGUUAUUGGCCAGUUGAUACUAACUUGAUUGAUAGAAGCACUCUCAAUGAACCACCCAUCGGACAGAUGCACCCCCCGCAUGGCAGUGUCACUCCUCAGAAGAACAGCAACCUGCUUGUGAUAACUGUGGUCACCGUGGGCAUCCUCACAGUGUUGGUCGUGGUGAUCGUAGCUGUGAUUUGUACCCGGCGCUCUUCAGCCCAGCAGAGGAAGAAACGGGCCACGCACAGUGUGAGCAAGAGGAAGGGCAGUCAAAAGGACCUCCGACCUCCUGACCUUUGGAUCCAUCAUGAAGAAAUGGAAAUGAAAAACAUUGAGAAGCCUUCAGGAACUGACCCUGCAGGAAGGGACUCCCCCAUCCAGAGCUGCCAAGACCUCACACCAGUUAGCCACAGCCAAUCAGAAACCCAGAUGGGAAGCAAAAGCGCCUCACAUUCAGGGCAAGACACCGAGGAAGCAGGGAGCGCCAUGUCCACUCUGGAGAGGUCCCUUGCAGCACGCCGAGCAACCAGAGCAAAGCUAAUGAUUCCCAUGGAAGCCCAGUCCAACAAUCCUGCUGUCGUCAGUGCCAUUCCUGUGCCAACACUAGAAAGUGCCCAAUAUCCGGGAAUCCUCCCAUCUCCCACCUGUGGAUACCCCCAUCCGCAGUUCACUCUCCGGCCGGUACCAUUCCCAACACUGUCUGUGGAUCGAGGUUUUGGAGCAGGAAGAAGUCAGUCUGUGAGUGAAGGACCCGCUGCUCAACAGCAGCCCAUGCUGCCCCCAGCUCAGCCUGAACAUCCCAGCAGCGAAGAAGCACCCAGCAGAACGAUCCCCACAGCCUGUGUCCGACCAACUCAUCCGCUCCGCAGCUUUGCCAACCCUUUGCUACCUCCACCAAUGAGUGCAAUAGAACCAAAAGUCCCUUAUACACCACUUUUGUCUCAGCCAGGACCUACUCUGCCCAAGACUCAUGUUAAAACAGCCUCUCUUGGGCUGGCUGGAAAGGCAAGGUCCCCUUUGCUUCCUGUGUCUGUGCCAACAGCCCCUGAAGUGUCUGAGGAGAGUCACAAGCCAACAGAGGAUCCAGCCAGUGUGUAUGAACAGGACGACCUGAGUGAGCAAAUGGCAAGUCUGGAAGGGCUAAUGAAGCAACUUAAUGCCAUCACAGGUUCAGCUUUUUGACACAUAUUGUGGAAGCAUUGAGGUUUUCCGGGAACUUUACAGCAUACCAAGUAUCCAUAAACAGCACACCCAUGUCCAAAAACUCUAACCAGUGUACAGGUCAACCGUCAGGACCACUCAGUUAAGGAACACCUGAAGCCGUUCAAAAGGAAUCAGCAUCCUAUCCUACAUGGACAUCAGGAACUGGACAGGGAUGGCCAUGAGGUCCCUAAGCAAAAGCAAAGAUGCAUCUUCACUGAGAAGUCAAGGCUGAAGUUUCUAGCAUAGUCCCGGGUCUUUGUCACUGCAGUGACCCUGGUGUCAUCACUGAUGACUACAUUUUCUUUCAGUGAUAUCUUUCAGUUUUGGUGUAGGUCUAGUCUUACAAAAUACAAGUGCAUUAUUCCAGCCUGUACCAUACCAUAGAAAAUCAGGAAAAAAG